AUGAAAGAAAUAAUCUGCCAACAGCAAAAGAGCAGAGUCAGUGUGAUGGCGUGCUGGCUUCUGAAUGAGAGUCUCUCUGUCGUAUUAGUACUCUCUUGGUUGGGAGUUAACUUGUACCUGUUUAUCAACACUUUCUGUUGGUAUGAAGAGGAAGAGUCUUUCUUUUACACACGAGUUAUUCUGGGUUCAACACUGGCGUGGGCAAGAGCAUCUGCAGUCUGCCUGAAUUUUAACUGCAUGCUAAUUCUAUUACCAAUCAGUCGAAACCUCAUUUCGUUCAUAAGAGGAGCAAGUAUCUGCUGCAGAGGACCAUGGAGAAGGCAGUUAGACAAAAACCUCCAAUUCCACAAGCUGGUUGCCUAUGGAAUAGCCAUUAAUGCAACCAUCCACAUCGUGGCGCACGUGUGCAACCUGGAGCGCUACCACCGGGGACAGUCCUCAGAGGCCCAGGGCCUCCUGGCUGCACUUUCCAAGCUUGGCGACGCCUCAAAUGAGAGCUACCUCAACCCCAUCCGGACCUCCCAAAGGAACACAACCACUGAGUUGCUGAUGACAGUGGCGGGCAUUACUGGCCUGCUCAUCUCUCUGGCUUUAAUCUUGAUCAUGACCUCUUCCACCGAGUUCAUUAGGCGGGUCUCCUAUGAGUUGUUCUGGUACACACACCACGUUUCCCUCGUCUUCUUUAUCAGUCUGGCUCUCCACGGGGCAGGUCGGAUUGUUCGAGGCCAAACUCCCGAGAGCCUCCUGCUACACAACGUCACCUUCUGCAGCGACCGCUAUGCCGAGUGGCGGGCGGCUGCCCCAUGCCCUGUGCCUCAAUUUUCUGGCAAGGAGCCUUCGGCCUGGAGAUGGGUUUCGGGCCCUGUGGUCCUAUACGCGUGUGAGAGAGUAAUUAGGUUCUGGCGAUUCCAACAAGAGGUUGUCAUUACGAAGGUGGUAAGCCAUCCAUCCGGGGUCCUAGAGCUUCACAUGAAAAAGCGUCACUUUCAGAUGGCACCGGGGCAGUACAUCUUGAUACAGUGCCCUUCCAUAUCCGCGCUGGAGUGGCACCCGUUCACCCUCACCUCUGCCCCCCAGGAGGACUUCUUCAGUGUGCACAUCCGGGCAGCAGGAGACUGGACAAGAGCUCUAUGUCAGGCCUUCGAAGCUGAGGGACAGGCCCUCAGGGAGCCCUGGAGCCUGCCAAGGCUGGCCGUGGACGGGCCCUUCGGAGCCGCGCUGACCGACGUGUUUCACUACCCAGUGAGCGUGUGCAUUGCGGCAGGAAUCGGGGUCACCCCCUUCGCUGCUGUCCUGAAAUCUCUGUGGUACAGAUGUUGCGAGUCACAACCCCAGCCGAUGAUGAGCAAGGUGUAUUUCUAUUGGAUUUGCCGGGAUUCCAGAGCCUUUGAGUGGUUUGCUGACCUCCUAGUCUCGCUGGAAACACGCAUGAGUGAGCGAGGGAGAACUCACCUCCUGAGUUACCAUAUAUUUCUUACUGGCUGGGAUGAAAACCAGGCUAUUCAUAUAGCUUUGCACUGGGAUAAAAAUACUGACGUGAUUACGGGACUAAAGCAGAAAACCUUCUAUGGAAGACCUAACUGGAACCACGAGUUCAGGCAGAUAGCCUAUGAUCACCCCAGCAGCAGCGUUGGCGUGUUCUUCUGUGGGCCCAAAGCUCUCUCAAAGACACUGCAGAGGAUGUGCCGCUUAUAUUCAUCAGCUGACCCCAGGGGGGUCCACUUUUAUUACAACAAAGAAAGCUUCUAG